AUGAUAGCAGACGUAGUGCGUUCAAAGAUUGCCAAGUGCCGAGAUAAGACUACUAAGUGCAUCGGGCCAAAGGUUGAAAGAUAUAACACGAGUCGUCGUCCUCUUGCGAUUCGCCCCUCUUCCCCGCCACCAUGCCCCCCUCUCCUCUCCCAUCCUCCCCCCCCUCUGGUCUACCCUAUACUGUAUACGGAUGCCGCGUCAGUGUCCACGCUUAUCGGGGAGACCUCGGCAAAGUUCUUUGCCUACUCUGUCACCGCGCAAGACUUGGAGGAUUACCUGGCAUCCAGGCUGUCAGAGAGCAAGAUAAAAGAGGAGAUUCAGAACGAAAAGAACACGUUUCUCGUGGGGGCUCUUCCAUCAGAAGGGAAGGAAGAAGAGAUCAAGGCCGUCGUCCAUCUCGUUCCAGAUUCCUUCGAGCCCUGCCUCACACUCUCCCGUCCCAUAGAGUUCCAGCGCCUCUACGUGCAUCCAUCAGAGCACGGCUCUGGACUAUCUUACUCUCUGGUUGCUGCCGCCGAGCAGGCUUCAAGGGCGCUGGGGGCGGAGAGCAUCUGGCUAGGGGUGUGA